GCCACAAUCUGCAGUGAGACAUAAAUUUGCAACUUUUAUAGGCAUUGUUUUGUUUAAUCAAUUGUUGCACUUAAAUAAGCAGCGCAAUGUCUGAUAACGAUGAUGAUUUCAUGUGCGACGAUGACGAGGAUUAUGGUCUGGAAUACUCCGAGGACAGCAACUCGGAACCGGACGUAGAUCUUGAGAAUCAAUACUACAACAGCAAGGCUAAAGAGGAGGAGCCAAAGGCCGCACUUGCCAGUUUCCAAAAAGUGCUCGAUUUGGAGAAUGGCGAAAAGGGCGAAUGGGGAUUCAAGGCUCUCAAGCAGAUGAUAAAAAUCAACUUUAGACUGUGUAAUUACGAGGAAAUGAUGGUCAGGUACAAGCAGCUGCUCACCUACAUUAAAAGCGCUGUGACACGCAACCACUCGGAGAAGAGCAUCAACUCUAUACUGGAUUAUAUUUCAACUUCCAAGAAUAUGGCGCUGCUUCAAAACUUUUACGAGACCACAUUGGACGCACUACGAGAUGCCAAAAACGAUCGGUUGUGGUUCAAGACCAACACGAAGCUGGGCAAGCUAUAUUUCGAUCGCAGUGACUUCACCAAACUGCAAAAGAUACUCAAACAGCUGCACUCAAGCUGCCAGACAGAUGAUGGCGAGGAUGAUCUUAAGAAGGGCACACAAUUGCUUGAGAUUUAUGCCCUAGAGAUUCAGAUGUAUACCGUGCAGAAGAACAACAAGAAACUAAAGGCUCUCUAUGAACAAUCCUUGCACAUCAAGUCCGCAAUUCCACAUCCUUUAAUUAUGGGCGUCAUACGUGAGUGUGGAGGCAAAAUGCAUCUCCGCGAGGGAGAAUUCGAGAAAGCGCACACAGACUUCUUCGAGGCAUUCAAGAAUUACGAUGAAAGUGGAUCUCCCAGGCGCACGACCUGCCUAAAGUACUUGGUGCUGGCUAAUAUGCUGAUGAAGUCUGGCAUCAAUCCGUUUGAUUCGCAGGAAGCCAAGCCUUAUAAGAACGAUCCAGAGAUUUUGGCCAUGACAAAUCUGGUCAACUCCUAUCAAAACAAUGACAUCAACGAGUUUGAGACCAUUUUGCGUCAACAUCGCAGCAACAUUAUGGCUGAUCAGUUUAUCCGAGAGCACAUUGAGGAUCUGCUACGCAAUAUACGCACGCAGGUGCUCAUCAAGCUGAUUAGACCAUACAAGAACAUUGCCAUCCCGUUCAUAGCCAAUGCCCUCAACAUUGAACCCGCCGAGGUGGAGAGUCUGCUUGUCUCCUGCAUAUUGGAUGACACCAUCAAAGGACGCAUCGAUCAGGUUAAUCAAGUGCUACAGCUGGACAAGGUUAACAGCAGCGCUUCCCGCUAUAAUGCGCUGGAGAAAUGGUCCAACCAAAUUCAGUCGCUUCAGUUUGCUGUAGUACAGAAAAUGGCUUAGACAUAAGGCAACGAUUAAAACCAAGUCGAAAUAAUGGAAAUACUUAAAAACAAACAACACUGCCUUAUCAUUAUAUUUCAAGAUCCAAUUCCACCAAAUUCAGCAGUAACAAUAAAAGCUGAAUAACUGCUCAGUAAUAUGAGACGGCAAUACAAAUAAUCAGCAAACAAUCCCUAUCGCUUAAUAUGCAUACGAAGAAUGCGCUUUGAAAGUGAUAUUUUGAUAAGAGUUUACGAGUAAUAAGCCUUUCGAAAUGUGUAAAGUUGCUUAAAUAAAUUAGGCAUCUUGUACGCUGUAAAUAAUAACAGAUCUUGGUCAGCA